AUGCUUCGCCUCCAAUUUUCGCGUUCUGUUCGUAUCCAAAACAUUGCAAAACAGUUUGUUAUCGUUAGAAGCUGUACGUCAUCCCCGACGAAAACUAAUGACAGUGCAAAGCAGCAAGAUUCCCUGAAAAACAUUGACCCAGGAGAAAAUUAUACGGCUCUCGGCAAUCUUCGGCAGAAAAAAGAUGUUUUCCAUUAUACGGACAGAGCAAGUGGAACUGGUUACUCGCAUUACUCGAAUUCCGUUUAUCAGCACCGCCCGUAUAUCUGGCCUCCACUUAGAAAGCUUUAUAACUGGAACUAUGCAUUAGUCAUUGCCGGAAUGGUGAUUUUGAUGAGCGACUUCGAAUGGCUAAAAGAGCAAAUCAAAGGUGCCUCUGCACCCUUUCGUCCUCAAGCGUCCCAGAUAGAAGAACAGAAGGAAAGCAUCAAUGAAAUUGAAGUAGUGAAAGAGAAACCGAAAAAGAAAAAGCUUGGGUUCAGAGAACGUCGAAUUAUAGAAUAUGAAGACCGUCUGAGACUGUAUUCAACACCUGACAAAAUCUUCCGUUACUUUGCAACCUUGAAGAUAAUUGAUCCUGAUGAUGAAAGUGGUAGAAUUUUUGAAGUUUUCAUGACACCUGAGGAUUUUCUUCGUUCUUUUACACCUGGUGUUAUGCAACCUAGAAGAUGGGGUCUUGACAGUUUUAAGGCGUAUAAUCCAGAGAAACAUAAGCGACACAAGUUUUCUGAUCCAAACAGUAUAUUCUACAAACUUGGUGAAAAUGGUCUCAUCAACUUCAGCGACUACCUGUUUUUGAUGACUCUGUUAUCGACAUCUCAUGCCGACUUUGCACUUGCUUUCAAAAUCUUCGAUGUCGAUGGUAACGGCGCAUUGGACAAGGAGGAAUUCACAAAAGUUCAGCAACUUAUUAUGUCUCAAACUACAGUUGGCCAGAGACAUCGUGACCAUGUAACACCUAAUUCUUCAUUCCGAGUGGAAACGAAUUCUGCCCUCGAAACAUACUUUUUUGGAAAAGAUGGAAAAGGAAGUCUUUCAUCCGAAAAAUUUAUUGAAUUUCAAGAGCGUCUCCAACACGAUAUUUUGAAGAUGGAAUUCGAAAGAAGAGAUGCAAUGGAUAGCUUAGAUGGGCUCAUAACGGAAGAAAGUUUUGCACAACUACUUCUACUCCACGCACAGAUUGCUGAGAAGAAACAGAAGCAUAUGCUUAAACGCGUUAAGCGACGGUUCAAGGGAGAAGAAUCCAAAGGCGUGAGCUUUGAGGAGACUAAAGCCUUUUUCGAGUUUCUGUAUCACAUUGAUGAUGUGGAUAUCGCACUCCAUUUUCAUAAAAUGGCAGGGAUGUCAAUCGAUGCGAAGCUACUGAAACGAGUAGCAGUCAAGGUUACUGGGAUUCCACUGUCAGAUCAUGUUGUAGAUGUAGUGAUUACUUUGUUCGAUGAUAAUCUAGACGGAAAGUUAUCACAUGAGGAAAUGGUAGCAGUUAUGAGAAGAAGAAUGAGAAGAGGAUUAGAAAGACCAAGAGAUACUGGUCUCUUCCGAUUAUUCGACGCUGUGCUGGAAUGUAGCAAAAGGGCCUAUCACGCCAGCCCUCUUCCAUUUUAUUAA